CGCCCCCGCCGCCGUCAAGGAGGAGGGGCCGAGGGGCGGGCCGAGGGGCGAGGAGGGCGGCGAAGGCCCGGCUUUUCCUCAACUUUGAGCCUGUUGCUAGUGAGCCGGGAAAGAGGCGGGAAAGGACUCGCGGGCGACCGCCUCCAGUGACGAGUUUCGGGGAGAAGGUACAGGAGCCCGCGCCCCGCGUGCCUCCGCCCGUCUCGCCGCCCGCCCGGGCCCCCUCUGCGACCACCUGCCUGCCCAGGGUCCUCGGGCUCUUCCGUCGCCUCCCGUUAGCGCCCUAUUUCGCCGCAAAUCGCCUUUCCGGGUUGGCGCGCGGCCCGAUUGGGGCCAGCCGGCCGGUUGCCGGGGUAACGCGGGAGUCUGUCCCCCGCAGCGCGGGCUUCGGGGCCGCGGCCCUCCUAGGAGCGGGAGGGCUGUGCGACCACUUUUGCGCCUUGCCCCGGGAGGAGUGCCGCCCGCCCCUGUCCCCACCGUUGCCGUCGCUGCGGAGGCCCAGCGUCCCCGAGCGUCCCCGCCAUGAAGCCCAACUUCACCCUGCGACUGAGGGUCUUUAACCUCAACUGCUGGGGCAUUCCCUACUUGAGCAAGCACCGGGCUGACCGCGUGAAGCGCCUGGGAGACUUCCUGAACAUGGAGAGCUUCGACCUAGCUCUACUGGAGGAGGUGUGGAGUGAACAGGACUUCCAGGACCUGAGACAGAAGCUGUUGCCCACCUACCCAGCUGCACACUACUUCAGGAGCGGCAUCAUUGGCAGUGGCCUCUGUGUCUUCUCCAAACACCCAAUCCAGGAAUUCACCCAGCAUGUCUUCACCCUCAAUGGCUACCCCUACAUGAUCCAUCAUGGUGACUGGUUCUGUGGGAAGGCUGUGGGGCUGCUGGUGCUCCAUCUGAGCGGAUUGGUGCUCAAUGCCUAUGUGACCCAUCUCCAUGCAGAGUACAAUCGACAGAAGGAUGUCUACCUAGCACAUCGUGUGGCCCAAGCUUGGGAGCUGGCCCAGUUCAUCCACCACACAUCCAAGAAGGCCGACAUGGUUCUGUUGUGUGGGGAUCUCAACUUGCACCCGAAAGACCUGGGCUGUCGCCUCCUGAAGGAGUGGACGGGGCUAUGUGAUGCCUAUCUUGAGACCCGGGACUUCAAGGCAGUUUCUGGCCUAUACAUCUCCUGUAAGACUUUCAAAACUACCACAGGCCAUGACCCUCACAGUGGCACCCCACUCUCCGAUCAUGAAGCCCUGAUGGCUACUCUGUGUGUGAGACACAGCCCCCCCCAGCACACCUCCAGCCCUUCUCAUGGACCAGCAGAGAGGUCAGCAUUGAUCAGUGUGCUAAGGGAGGCCUGGACAGAGCUGGACCAGGGCAUGGCUCAAGCUCUCUGGUGGGCCACCAUCACUGGCUACGUGAUUGGUCUGGGUCUGCUGCUCCUGGCGUUGCUGUGUGCCCUGGCAGUUGGAGGAGGGAUCAGGGAAGUUGUUAUACUGCUCUGGACCCCUAGUGUAGGACUGGUGCUGGGGGCAGGUGCAGUCUACCUUUUCCACGUGCAGGAGGCCAAAGGCUUGUGUAGGGCCCGAGCUGAACUCCAGCAUGUGCUAGGAAGGGCAAGGGAGGCCCAGGAUCUGAGCCCAGAGUCCCAGCCAGCUCUGCAACCGGGACGGCAGGAGGGGGACAGAGCUGAGGAACAAUAAAGCUUGACACUUUUGUG